AUGGCGCGCACGCCAUCCCUGCCGAUGAGCGCGAUAGGGGUCGAGCACGGCAGUGGCUCCGUGCACGCCAUCAAUCGCCACGCGUCACAAUAUACGCUUUUCUCACUGGGUGAAACUUAUCUAUUUGCUCAGCUUGUUGAUUUCAUGGACAAGAAUCCUGGAAAAGCAUCCAAACCUGAGCUAGAUUCUGACACCCACGUCCAUGUUCGGGUUACAGUUCCCGUGUUCCCGCCAAAAGGCUUUUUCAGUAUAACUGCAGGCCCAGAGUACGAGAUGCAGCCAGGGCUGCCCCCGAGGGCACAGGCCAGCAGGAGCCCGAGCUAUCCACUUAUGUACAGAGAUGUGAGGUCUGCGGUUGACUUGUGUCAUCGUGAUGGAACUUUAAAGCGCAUGGUGGCAAAGGAUCCUGCCAGGUACAUCAAUGAGGACUUGGCAAUUGUACCAAUGCUUGAAAUGAUCAGGAAAUCUGGACGCUCAACAUUCUUAGUGACGAAUAGUUUGUGGGACUACACCGAUGUUGUCAUGAACUACCUUUGUGGGCCAUACACUUCAGAUGUAGGCUCUGGUCUCAACCACAACUGGCUUCAAUAUUUUGAUAUUGUAAUAACAGGCAGGCUAGUAAAUUUGUCAAUUCUAAUCUAUCUUCAUGGCAUAUGUUUUUCUCUAAUAUAUGCAAUCCUUCGUGAAGAUCGGAAGCCCAAGAUCAAGUCAUCAACACUCAACACCAGUUCAGAAAGUUUACCAGGGAGGCAAUGUUGGUCAUCUCCACAGAUUACUUUCUGUUGCUUCUAG